AUGGAGACAGAAACCCCGGGUAUUUUUGUUGACAUGAAAGUUGAUCCCACGACACUUGCCAAGACGAUGAACGUUACGUCGGGCUUCCCCAACAUAACAGACCCAGAGGUUAUGGCUAUGUUCAUCCUUGGUCUUGGGUCGAAAACUCCAUUGCAGUUUACUAUUGGGCAGCCAAAGGAUCCCAAGUGGGAAAAUAGCAAGGAGACGCAGUUUGGCCGUGUUAUUGAUACUGGUUCGCCAUUCUUACUUGUCGGUCGCAUGUAUGAUAUCAGGACCUCUGCCCAGCGAAGAGAUGAGCGCUUGGGUCGCUAUGCCGACGACAAAGAACACAAGUGGAAACUUGGUGUCGGACUCGGUGUUGGUCUCGGUGUGCCAGUGGUCAUGAUAAUGUCCUUCUGCUUUGGUAAAGCCACGGGCAAGAAUGUCAGAGCCGCAUCGUCUGGAGCAACGCCCGCCCUUGAGAAGUAA